AAUCACCAUGCGGCCACUCUUCCAUUAUUCUUAUACCAUCUCAGCCGCAUACAGAUCAUUCCCAUGCUCUGAGUGUUGCAGUCUGCAAGUCGGCUCAGACGGAAGAAGAAACAACACAACGACUUCCAUAUCAUUACUUCACCCCGCUCUUCAGUCAUCUAGCCGUCGGUUUCCCCAUAAAAGAGCCAUCCGCCACUCUCCAGGAUGACAUUGUUGACUGGUUCUCGCAUUACACAGUCGUUCUUACUCACAGUGAAAACGAGAAAACCCCAGUGUUUAUGUCUCCUCCAAUCUGAACAAGGAAAACGUAUGUCCACAAAUCAUGCAGCCGUUCACAAAGGGAAACCACCUCCUUCACGAUCUGCCCCUGCUAUCAUCGAUAUGCAGAGUACGACGGAAGAACCACCUUUAGGGGAGAGUGAGCUUUUUCUUCGCACUCGAGAUGAAGCUUUGAAUACUCCCGGCAUGAAGUUCGCAGAUGGUCAUGGCCUCAAAGGACCUACAGGGAAAGGCCGACAGACAAGAAAGAUGAAUCUCUAUCAAGCCAUUCGUGACGCCCUGGGCACCGCCCUAGCCAAGAACCCGAAAUCUUUUGUAUUCGGCGAAGAUGUUGAAACAGGAGUGUUUAGAUGUACCACGGGCUUAGUAGAUGAAUUUGGAAAAAGACGUGUAUUCAAUACACCUCUCACGGAGCAAGGUAUUGCUGGCUUUGGCAUCGGAUUAGCAAGCGUAGGCGGAUGUGCCAUUGCCGAAAUACAAUUUGGCGAUUAUAUAUUUCCCGCUUUUGAUCAACUCGUCAACGAGGCAGCAAAACAAAGAUAUGCCAGCGGGGGCUCGUAUCCACCGGUUGGCGGAAGCCUUACCAUCCGUGCCCCUAUAGGUAGCGUGGGGCAUGGGGGCUUAUAUCAUUCACAAAGCCCUGAAGGAUUCUUUCUUGGUGCAGCAGGACUGAAGAUCGUCAUCCCGCGUUCACCCAUACAAGCCAAGGGAUUGCUUUUGGCCGCCAUUCGAGACCCGUCUCCAACCCUGUUCUUUGAACCUAAGAUUCUUUAUCGAGCGGCAGUGGAGGAGGUUCCUAUCGAUGACUACACCAUUCCAUUGGGACAGGCUGAAGUUAUUCGCAAAGGCGCAGACCUCACCGUAGUGUCCUAUGGUACACCUUUGCAUAUCUGCUUGCGAGCAAUCAAUAUGCUUCAGCAACCUCCGUCGAGCAUUUUAGGUUCACUUCCCCCCGGGCUUCGCCCUCCCCAGCCGGCUCCUUCUAUCGAAUUGAUUGAUCUUCGAACCAUUAAUCCGUUGCCCCUGGAAGACUUGGUGUCCGCCGUGCGAAAAACUGGAAGAUUAGUCAUAGUCCAUGAGGCUGGUCGAAGCGGGAGUGUGGGCAAUAAUAUCGCAGGCGAAGUGGGCAGAAGAGCAUUUGAAUAUCUUGAAGCACCCGUGGGAGUUGUUAGCGGAUGGGACACACCGGUGCCUUUAUCAUUCGAGCGAUUUUAUCAGCCUGAUGUGAUACGGGUCUUCGAUAAAUUAGUGGAAACAUUGUCUUAUUAAUCCUGCUGCCUGCUGCAGUCGAUGUAUAGAAACGCUCACAUAGCAACGAUAAAGA